GGCAAGAAUACCUCUCUCUCUCUCUCUCUCUCUCUCUCUGCUAAUCCUCUUGUGAUCAAUAAUGGAACAAAGUAAGACCAGUGGCACAUCAAAACAGGCUCCUAACGAAACAGAACACAAAACCAAGAUUGAUUUUUAUCCAAAUCCAACCGAAAACAGGGUCAACGAGGUCUUUAGCUGCAAAAAAAGACAACCUCAAAAACCCAUUGACGACGAUGAUCUCGUGUCAAAUAGGCCUCUCAAAAAACUUCGGACACCAAAUUCUCAAAACCCAACUCCAUUCUCGACUCAACUCCCAAUUCCUUCAUCGAGGCUUGUUUUCCCUUUCCGAAUCGACGAAACAAUGCUGAAUACCAAUCGUUCAACCAGACCCACCGAUUUCCCCCUCUUCGCCCGGCCACCGUCUUUUCAGAACCAACAAAUGAUUUCAUUCGCAGCAAACCCUCCUCAUGGCCUGGGCUAUGACCAUUACCAUUCACUACAGCAGCAACUUCUCGCCUGUCAAAACAACGGGCCUAAUCCGAACCCAGACUCUUCGAAGGCCCCUGCAGCCGCCACCAAGGUGUACAGGGGAGUGAGACAACGCCAAGGGGGGAAAUGGGUGGCCGAGAUUCGACUCCCUCGAAACAGGACUAGGCUCUGGUUAGGCACGUUCGGUACAGCCGAAGAAGCUGCUUUGGCAUACGAUCGGCAAGCGUUCAAGGUCAGAGGAGAAGAUGCUCAGCUCAAUUUCCCACAUCUCUUCUUCGGUUCCGAAAGUUCGUUGGAUUCUCAAAUGGGAACGGCGGAAUCUAGUUCAACUGGGGGGAUUAAUAAUGAAUUGGACAAGGCUGAUACGAACAGUCUUUGUGCCUAUGAAUCGGGGUUAAGCGCGAUUGAGAAUUUCGGAACAGGGGAAUGCUCUGAGUCAGUGUGGGGGAACAUGGGAAGUGCUAAUAAUUGUCUUGAUGGGAAUCAAGAAGGUUUGUGGGAUGAAGGUAGUUGGUUUCCAGAUUGGGAUGAUCUUGAUACUGUAAAAAAUCUACUUUUUCUGCAACCGAAUUUCGCAAUUCCUGGGGGAUUUGAUGACACUGAGGCUAUAUUUGGAUGGCCAGAAUCUUGAAGAUGAAUGGUAGUAUAGUACAAGUAAUUUCAUUCCGGUAUAUGAAUCAAUUCGGUAUUGUUAUUCAAGCAUUAUUUAUUUUCAGAAGUUUAUCGGAGUAAACAUUUACUUUUUUAAUGGAUUGAUCCAGGAAUCUAAGAUUA